CGAGGAGGUCAUUCGUUCGUUCUUUUUCGCGCACCAGGAGCAAGAGUCAGUGGUAGGGCUGAGGGAUGAGAAAAAUGUCGUGGAGGGCGCUUGUUUGCAGGUCGUGUUCGUUACGAUGAACAAACUUUCCGUUGCGAUACCGACCGGCUCGCACUCGCUGUAUCGGUGUAGCGUGCUGGACGACUGGAAAUCUUUUAGCGCUGAAUCUUCAUAACUGCCGGCGCAAAAUAACCAAACCGUAUUUCCUUUUAGGUGGAACUUAUCCUUUCUUCUCUAGUUUACCCUUCUCGGCUACCCCCAACAUGGCCCGGCGCGGGGGAGACAACUUUGCGCGAGAGGCCCAGCUAUGAAAUGCAAAAGCAUCUUACUUCUAGUAGUACAAAUCGCAUGACAAAUUUCAUCAGCAUGAGAAAUAGAAUUUGUAAUGCGGAUUUACAUUGAGAAAAAAAUCUGUAAUGCAUGACUGCGAUAAUUACUACGAGUGGGAGUGCGAUACUUUUGCACAGGAUACCAGCAGCCGGUGAUCCAGGACCGGGUGUACAAAGAGUGCGCCUAGUAUCUACAAGAAAAGAGCCAUCCACAUCCAAUUUGUCAUGCAAAAUGUGCAUAAAUGCCACUAUUUGUCAUGCAAAAAAUGGAUGGGGAUGGUUGUUUUGUUAUGGAUACCCACAAGGAGUGGAUCACGCACAAAUUUAACAGCGUCAAGGUCGAAGCCUGGGGCGACAAGCCGGUGGCGCCCAAAGUCACCGUCGCCAUGUAUGGUGUUCUCAAUUGUUACAUUCUCAACUGUUACAUGAAUUUGUCAUACAGAACCCCAAUCAGAUUCGACGCGAUCAAGCUGCUGCGCAUUACAAAUUCUGGAAGGCCCAAACAGGCUGAGAAUCUGCGCGAAAUCUGUCAUGCAAGAGACGCAGUCUUCGCCCUUUCAGUUUUGCCAUUCUUGCAUCACAAAUUCAUGUAACACUUGAGAAUGUAACUUUUGAGAACGCCAUACCAUGGAGCACUUCGCGCCGCCGAAAGCGUAUUUUUUUUGGUAAAACAAGGAAUCAAGUUGAGGUCAUGGAAUCAAGUUAACUGGAAUCAAGUUAGGCCUGGAAUCAGGUUAUAUGGAAUCAAGUUAAACCCGGAAUCAAGUUACAUGGAAUCAAGUUACUAUCUGGAAUCUAUCAAGUGGUGGAAUGGAAUCAAGUAAACCACCACGACAACUUCAUCCCCAUCAGUCCUUCGCCUCGCAAUGCCUCCCCUUGGAAGAAUCUAUCUGCUGCGCUUUUUGUGUUUUGUGGCUUCCACACCCUCGCGCCUAAAGUUCUCCGCUAUUUUUUUUGAAAGGCGGCCACGUUCAUCAAAGGUGUCUGGCUUUUCUUCCUCUGGUCGAUAGAGACGUGGCGAGUAAUGUUAUAGCUAACCUUCGCGCGCCCGUCUUGUUUUACGGCUCUUUGCCGAAAGUUUUCGAGGCUUUCGCCUUGCGAAGUUCCAGGGAGGGAUUCCAUUUGUGUCUCCUUCCCUCGGAAGGGGUGUGUCUCUGGGAAUUCCGUCUUCAUUUCGCCUUCCCUCGGAAGAUCCAUCCGUCCCUCUCGGAGUUACAUUCCCGCUUCGCCUCCUCUCGGGAGACCCAUUGCUCAUGGGAUUCCGUUUCCAUUUCGCCUUCCUGGGGAUGGUGUCAGUCUCGGGGGAUUCCGUUUUGCCUUCCUGCGGAAGGUGUCUCGGGGGCCGCCAUUUCGCCUUCCUUGCCCUCUUUUAGGUCUCUCCCUGGCGGAAGGACCGCUGCUUGAUUGCCUCUUGGGGGAGUGUGAGUUGUUUAUUUCCUGGCUGGCGCGAAGCUUUCGCCAUCGACUCCAGAUUGAUGAAUGGCCCGAGCUUAUUGACACCUCCUGCGCGACGUGGGUGGU